AUGAACGAAGAUCUGAAAGAAUUGAGCAACUACAAAUAUGACGAAGAGGAGUCUGAUGAUAAUUCCAGGACCUCCAACUCGGAGGACGAUGAAGAAAUUGAAGAAGAAAUUGAUAUUUACCUAAACAACAUUAACGAAAAUAACCUGAACAAUAUUAACACGUACCUUAUUCAGUACCCACUGAGGCCAAAAUAUAGGCCAUACAAUUAUACGAACAAUAUACAGAAAAUAUAUGCUUGUAAAAAUUAUAACAAAUUGAAGCAAAUAAAAAGUAAAUGCAAUACAAAUGAAGAGACGUACGUUUUCGAAUACAAACUGCACGAAUACAUGAAGGAGGAAGACACUCACGAAUCGACUACCAUUUAUAGGGACUCAGAGAAUGACAGGAAUAUAAGCAGACUAAUCAGCACGAGUGUUCUAUGCGAAUAUAUAACAAAUUGCGUUUGCCUAUUUCAAUAUAAUGAAAUAAAGAAGAAGAAAGAAAUUUACAUGGUCCCUUUGAAACAUAUCUACCAGUUUAAGCCAUGGCAUGAUAAUAUAAAAGUGGAUACCGACGUGGAAGGGAAAAGCAAACCCACUGAACCUGUUCAGGCAAAUAAUAUAAAAGAAAAUGCUGAACAAGGGGAGAAUAAAUACCCAAGUGAAACCAACCAACCGGUUACCGUAGAUCAUCAAUGGACAAGCAUUGUAAAUAUUUAUGAACCGGAUUCUCUGGAGGCCCAAGAAAUGUUGGAACUCUUCACCAACGUCAGCAACAAAAAUGAUAUUCUCAGUUGCAGGGAUGACGCAGGGGGUAGUAAUAACUAUAACUAUGCAGACGGAACCAGCAUUGCUAAUGUAAACAGCUUAAGAGAAAGCAUUAAUGGGGACCCCCUCCAAAUAAUGUUCCACAACGAUGGACAGAUGUACCUAAAUCAUAUGUGCAAAAACGCCAAGGAAGAUAAUACGAGUCAUUUACCUUCAGAUGGAAAUGUAAAAGAUCGAAAAUUGAAGGACAACAGUAGACACAGUAGCAGCCUGUACAAAAAUGAAGAAGACGUCAGCACCAAUUUGAAUAUGCUCUAUUUCUUUUCGCUAAACCUGGAUGAACAAAUUUUAAAAAUAAUGAGAUUGAAAAAUGUUCAGAGGUUUAGCGAAAUUCAAAAAAUUAUAAAAAAAAAUAUCGAUCAGGAUGUUUUACUAAAUACUGUCCAGAAAUAUUGCGUCAACAUCCUAGGGUUAUGGAUCAUCAAAUCGAAAUAUUUAUAUAAAUUUUUAAAAGGAAAGGAAGCGAAAAGUGACAGUGAGAAAAAAAAUAAAAACUUGGAAAAUUUCUCCUACAUGGAUUACAAAAUAAGAGUUCGCGACUUACUACUGGUGAUUAUAUUCAAGCAGGUAGAGCCAAUUCUACUGAAGCAUGUGUACAACAUAAAGGUUGGGAAAAAGGGUCCUAACGAUGCAAGGAAGAGAGGGGAAGACGACAAACGUAGCAACGAUGACAGUAAUAGCAACCUUAGCAGGAACGCAGAUGCUGACGCAGAUUCGAAGAAAAUUAACUCUUCUACGUCCAUCCUUAUGGAAAACUUUGAAAAGGCCACCAACCUACCCAACAAUGCUCUCUCAGAGAUGUUCCUCCCUCUAUGCGAAUACAAAUAUACAGGGUACUUUUUCAAGCACAAAAUGGAUGAAGAAUUUGUAAAUAACAAUACCCAGUUAUGCCUGUCCAUUAAUGAAAAGUGGAAAAAAAAAAUGGUGAAAAUUGCGAAAAUUAUUCAAACGUAUAAAAAUAGUAAAAUCGUAAUUAACGAUUACAAACUGGAUAUCAGAACAUUGGAAAAAAAUAUUACAGACGUGCUACACAAUAAUUGCAUACCUUUCGAUGAUAUAUAUAAUAAGAUAAAAAAGGACGCGAAAAAUACCAACAUUGAUUUACCCUUUUUUAUGAAAGCGCUAAAUAAUAUCGCCCUUCAAAUUAACAAUAUGUGGUUUCUGCGAAUAGAAAAUCAGAGCGAGUUUAACAAAUGCAGAAACGCUGUUAUUAAUAUUUUCCAAACGAACCAUAAUUCUGUUUUCUCAAAAAAUGAAAUCGUCAAGCAAGUUGAAAUGGCUAUUCAAUCCACCUUAACCAUUCCUGAUAUUUAUUUUAGGAACAUCUUAAAAGAGUUCUGCGUUCAGAGGAAUGGGGUGUAUUUAUUUAAGGGCAACGAUUCGCUCCGCGAGGGCGAGGCUGCUCGUUAA